AUGAAGAAGUUGCUCUUAUUCGUGAGUCUUUGCCUGCUUGGAUCUGCCAGAGGAGCAUCAGGUCAGCCUGAUGAGCCUCCUGGCUCUAUGAGUCAUCAAGCUUCAGUUCAGCAAUUUUCAGGUCAGUACUUUUCACCUGCAAACCCUUCAGAUGCUGAGGCUUUAUAUGAGUUCUCUUCAGGUAAGAACACUUUAAAUGAGAAACCUUCAGAUGAGCAUGCUUUGCACAAACAUGUAGAUGAGUGUGCUGUAAGUGAGCAUGCUCCAGGAGAACAUGUUGCAGGUGAGCACGCUUCUGGUGAACAACCUUCCAGUGAACAACCUGCAGGUGAAAAGCUGUCGGUUGAACAGCCUGCAGGUGAACAGCCUUCAGGUGAAAAGCCAUUGGAUGAAAAGUCGUUGGGUGAACAGCCUUCUGGUGAACAGCCCGCAGGUGAAGAGGACCCAGGUGAAAAGCCAGUGAGUGAACAGCUUUCAGGCAGUCCACCAUCAAGCACAUUUUCGGGCCCAGUAUUUAAUUGCCACACAUGCUCUUAUAUGAAUAACCAAGGAAAAUGUCUUCAUGGAGAGGGAGUCUGCUCCACUCAGAAUUCCCAGCAGUGCAUGUUAAAGAAGAUCUUUAAAGAUGGGAAACUCCAAUACAUGGUUCAAGGGUGUAAGAACAAGUGCUCAUCUAUGAACCUCUUCUCCAAAGGAAUCAGGGUGCAAAUAACAUGCUGCCGCAAUCUAUCUUUCUGCAACAAGAUCUAG